AUGCUUGGUAAAGGAUGCAAUUUGGAGAACUUUCAUAAUGCUUGGGUUGAGUUAUGGAGCCUUGAGGUGAGUCCCAAUGUCCUUCAUUUCCUGUGGAAAUUAUGCACUUCUAUUCUACCGACUCGUGCACUUUUGUUUCAUCGCCACCUUAUUGAAAUGGUGGAUUGUCCUUGGGGCUAUGGCGAUCCUGAAUCUGCUCACCAUGCUAUCUUUCAAUGCCCACGAUUUGACGAAGUGUGGAGGGAGAGUGGCUGCUCUAUAAUGCGUGAUGAUAGUGGUUGUGCCAACAUGUGUGAUCCGGUAGUGAAAUGGAGGACGUUGGAUAAGAUGAUGCGGAUUAAAGGUGUGUUCCUCAUGUGGUGUAUAUGGGGGGAGCGGAACAAUAAAAUUUUCAAUGCCAAAACUACUCCCAACCACUUGCUGCUAGACCGUGCUUCGAGAUUGGCAGAGGAAUAUGGUAAGUAUACGGAGGUUAUAUACCACCGAGGAGUGACUGUAGUGCCUAGUGCCCAUACUUGGAGGCCUCCGCCAGCCCCCAACUUAAAGAUAAACGUGGAUGCCUCACUGGCAGUUGAAGGAUGA